AUGGCACCAAUCCGCGUAGGAAUCGUCGGACUGUCCAGUAAGCCAGGAGCCUGGGCGACGUUGGCUCACCUACCUCGCCUGGCGUCAUCGCCAAACUACCAGAUCGUGGCAUUGUGCAACUCAUCGUUAGAAUCGACCAAAGCAGCCAUCAAAGCACACAACCUACCUCCGACGACGAGGGCAUACGACACCUACGAGGCGCUCGCGGCAGACCCGGACGUCGAUCUGUACGUGGUAUCAACUCGAGCCGACACCCACUACGACGUGGCGAUGCCCGCGUUGAAGGCCGGGCGCAACGUCUUUGUAGAGUGGCCCCUUGCCGCAAACACCGAGCAGGCGAAGGAGAUGGCGGCGCUGGCCAGGGAAAAGAAGGCCAAAACCAUCAUCGGCCUGCAAGGGCGCAUGGCACCGAGCGUGAAGAAGGUCAAGGAACUGAUCGACACCGGCGCGAUCGGCGAAAUACACAGCGUCAACUACCAGGGGGCCAUCCACGUGUGGCAGAACAACGCGGCGAGCGACCGGUACCGCUACUUCAUGGACCGGAAGAUAGGGGGCAACCUGCUGACUAUAUAUGGAGGACACGUGCUAGACUCGAUCCUCUAUGCGGUCGGAGAGCUGAAGCCGGGCAGCUACACGCCCAUGGCGGUCAACCUGAGGCCGAAAAUGCACGUCAUGAAGAGCGACGGGUCGCUGUCGGAGGAGCUGUACGACAAGAACACACCUGACCAGAUCCUCGUGCAGGGCAGGUUGGACCGACACCCUUCGGCCGUGUUCAGCUUCCACCUCAGAGCUGGGGACCGGUUCAUCGGCUGUCCGGGGUCGACGUGGAGAAUAUACGGGACCAAGGGGGAACUGGCGGUCGAGUUUGCUAGCGCUGGCCCGCAAAUGGCAAAGGCCAUCAGUAUGCGCUUCUCGAACGCUGAGAAGGGCGUGGUGGAGGACAUUGUCGUCGACGAGGGUGGCGAUGAGUGGACGCAGUUGCCGAGCCAGGGCCAGAACAUCGGCCGCCUGUACGAAGCGUAUGCCGAGGGCCAGCCGUAUGGAGAUUUCGACCUCGCCGUCAAGAGACACGAGCUGAUUGAUGAGUUCUGGGCCAGUCUGGCACUUUGA